AUGGUUAAUAAACCAUUUAAAUUGAGAUCUUUGUUUAUGGAUGAAAUAUUACAUUUUGAAUCAAUACAAUUGCUAUUACUGAAAUUUAGUGAUUAUCUGGAAAAUUUUGGAUUUGAAUCUAUGAUGUUUAGUGAUUAUGAUGAACCAAAACGACAAUUAAUUGAAUUUAUUACGAAAUAUUGUAAAAAGAUUAGAUAUUUUGAAUCGGGAAUACUUGAUGAUAAUAAUAUUUAUUUAUUCAUUGAAAAUAAUCAACAUAAUAUUAAUUAUCUUACUAUUGAAGCAUAUGCUGAUAGGUAUACUGAUUAUAGGGAAUUAAGCUCAACUGUAUUACAGAAUUUAGGACAAGUUCUUCCUUCUAAAUUAGAAUAUUUAUGUUUAUCCCUUUCAUUUAGGACAAAUGAACUGGAAAUAUUUUUAAAAAAUUCACAAAAUACUUUUAUUAAGAAAUUAUUAAUUAGAAAUAUUAUGGUAGAUAAAAGUGAGAAUAUUUUAUUUUGUAUAAAGAAAUAUAUUAUGAAGAAGGAAAGGGUUAAAUAUUUGGCUAUUACUAAUCAUGAUGAUUUAGAUAAUGAAUUAUUUACUUUAAAAAACGAA